GGCUGGGACCAGGGCCAGGAGAAGUUUCUGGAGAACCUAGGACCUUAGCUUAUCUAGCUGGUCCAGAGUGGUGGGUGGUGAGUUUGGGGCUUUACUUGACUUUCCCAAUCCUGGUGGUUCCUGCUCCCCUAGGCACUGACCUGUGGCCUGGACCCACCCUCCAUCCCAUGCCCAAUACAGCGGGGGCGGGCAGAGGGCGGGGCUGCUGCCAGAUCUAGUCAGACAGGUGGAGCCGCUGGGGCAGGAGUCUCACAAGAGCCAGGCUGCCAGAGAGGAAGGGCUCUGCAAGAGAAGAGAGCCCAGCAAGCCUACAAGGAGAGGGGAGGAGAAGAGAGGCUGGAGUCCCUAGCCAGGAUGGAGGCUAUUGUGAACUUGUACCACGAGAUGAUGAAGUGUGCAGAUCCCCGGGUCCAGGGUUACCCUCUGAUGGAGUCCCCCCUGCUAAUGACCUCCAUCCUCUUGACAUACGUGUACUUUGUCCUCUCACUUGGACCUCGCAUCAUGGCCAACCGGAAGCCCUUUCAACUCCGAGGUUUCAUGAUUGCCUACAACUUCUCAUUGGUGGCACUCUCCCUCUACAUUGUCUAUGAGUUCCUGAUGUCUGGCUGGCUCAGUACCUACACCUGGCGCUGUGAUCCUGUGGAUUAUUCCAACAGCCCUGAGGCUAUUAGGAUGGUUCGAGUGGCCUGGCUCUUCUUAUUCUCCAAGUUCAUUGAGCUAAUAGAUACGGUGAUCUUUAUUCUCCGGAAGAAAGAUGGGCAGGUGACCUUCUUGCAUGUUUUUCAUCACUCAGUGCUUCCCUGGAGCUGGUGGUGGGGGGUAAAGAUUGCCCCAGGUGGAAUGGGGUCUUUCCAUGCCAUGGUAAACUCCUCUGUGCAUGUUAUCAUGUACCUAUACUACGGAUUAUCUGCCCUUGGCCCUGUGGCUCAACCUUAUCUUUGGUGGAAAAAACACAUGACAGCCAUUCAGCUGAUCCAGUUUGUCCUGGUCUCGCUGCACAUCUCCCAGUACUACUUCUUGCCCAGCUGCAACUACCAGUACCCAGUCAUUAUCCACCUCAUCUGGAUGUAUGGCACCAUCUUCUUCAUUCUGUUCUCCAAUUUCUGGUAUCACUCUUAUACCAAAGGCAAGCGCCUGCCCCGAGCACCUCAGCAAAAUGGAGUUCCCAGUAUUGCCAAGGUCAAGGCUAACUGAGAAGUGUGGCCUAGAUAGAUGCCCACCUAAGUGCCUCAGGACUGCACCUUGGGCAGCAUCCUUCAGUGUCCUCCCCACCUACACCUGUGACCAGGGCUCAGGAGGUCAGGACUGAACAGGGGACUGGCCCUGCCCCCUGCCCACAGCUGGUCUACAAGGGCCACUGCUUCCAUUCCUCACACUUCUGGCGGACAGCUCCAGGGAUGUGGCCUCAUUGCCCUCUGGCAUUUCAGAGUUGGGGGCUGAAAGGGCUGGACAUUUACUUCCCCCUCUCUGCUUUARACUUGGGAGAGGAACACUCAGGGCUGGCCCCCACCAGGGUCUUGUGGCCUUUUUCCUCACACUGAAGAGGUCAGCAAUAAUCUGUCACUAUGGACCCAGGCUCCCUCCCUCCACCCCACACYGAAGCUGGAGCUUCUGGGCCAAAGGUCAGGGUAUGUGGGGGGGGAGGGAUGCUGGGAAUGUAGCCUGUGGAGGCUACUUACUCACUUGUGUCUUAAUUAAAGUGAC